AAAUAAAUAUAUUAAUUAAUACCCGUACCGGGCCCCAUCUUCUCCAGUCUCCACCAUUUUCCCCAAAAUCAAAAAUCAAAACCCAAACCCUAAUCCACCGCCGGAAAGAUCAACGGCAAGCAUGGUGUGCAUCAGAAGGGCGAGGGCGGAUGACUUGCUGGCGAUGCAGGAGUGCAAUUUAAUUUGCCUGCCGGAGAAUUAUCAGAUGAAGUACUAUUUGUACCACAUCCUGUCAUGGCCGCAGCUCCUCUACGUAGCGGAGGAUUACAACUCCAAAAUCGUCGGCUAUGUUCUCGCCAAGAUGGAGGAGGAAUCCACCGACUGCCACGGCCACAUCACUUCUCUCGCCGUUCUCCGAACUCACCGCAAACUCGGUCUCGCCACCAAACUCAUGACCGCCGCUCAAACCGCCAUGGCACAGGUGCAUGGGGCAGAGUACGUUUCGCUGCAUGUUCGGAGAGGUAACAGGGCUGCAGUUAAUCUGUACACUCGAACACUGGGGUACAGGAUUCACGACAUUGAAGCAAGAUAUUACGCCGAUGGGGAAGACGCUUACGAUAUGAGAAAACAGUUGAAGAGUAUGAAGCACCUCCACCAACAACACAACAACCACCACCACCACCACCACCACCAUAGUGGUGGAUGUUGUUCUGCCGAUGAAAAGCCUUCAACAGCGACCCGAACCUAGUUGAUUAGAAUUACUUCACUGGUCAAGGUUUAGUUAUAUAUUUUGCCUAUUAAGUUGGAAAGAUUCAUCGGCAUAUAGACCUACUUGUGUACUUACUAUGCUGUGGUUUGGUAGCUUGGAUAUAUUAAAAACGUAGCAAAAGAACCGUCUAAAGACAUGCUUUUUAAAUGCCUUUUGCCUAUUCUAGAGUCGUCGUUUAUUUUUUUGUGCUUGUUUGACUGAAAAUUUUGUGUACAAGCAGUCGUGCACUCAGUUGCAACUCAAACAUGAUCGUUCGUAUUUUUUUGGGGGGUUGAUUUGCUAUCAGAAGUAAACCUAUUAAGGUGAUAAUGUCGUGUAACUAUAGAUUUUUUUUUUCUUUUAGGUUGCUAUAAAGCAACAACUGAUUUUGUGCGUAAUUUGGUUUCGAACAGCUUUAUGUGUGAAAUUGAGUUGUUGAGCUUGUCAAAUCG